AUGGGGUCCGAGCGGGUGGAGAUGCGCAAGAGACAGAUGCAGGUGCACCAGGAAGCUGCUGCCAGUGUUCUCCAAACCCAGCACGGGAUGGGGAACACGUCCACCAACGCCUCCAAUGCCUGUUGCUUCUGCUGGUGUUGUUGCUGCAGCUGCUCCUGUCUGACUGUUAGGGCGGAGGAUGAGAGGAUUAAAAAAAACGCCUAUGAGAGGAGAGCAGAGGAAAUCGCAAACUGUGAUGACAGCCCCAAGCCUAUUCUGGAGGAUGCGAUGACAUGGACCAUGUCAUUUGAGAGGCUGAUGAAGAGCUCUGCAGGGCGGGGCUGCUUCCGCCAGUUCCUGAGGACAGAGUUCAGUGAAGAGAACAUGAUGUUCUGGUUGGCCUGCGAGGAGCUGAAGAAGGAGACCAACAAAACUGUGGUGGAGGAUAAAGUACGACAGAUCUACAAGGACUUCAUCUCCAUCCUCUCCCCUAAAGAGGUGAGUUUGGACUCGCGUGUUCGAGACGUGAUUAACAAGAACAUGUUGGAGCCCACGUCGCACACGUUCGAAGACGCCCAGCAGCAGAUAUACACGCUAAUGCAGAGAGACUCAUACCCACGCUACAUGAACUCCACAGCGUACGCAGACCUGCUGCAGGACCUGGCCGAACAGCCACCUGCCACAGAGCCAUAGACUCUCACUCACCAUCAAUCACUCUGCACUGCUUUUAGAGGACACUUGUCUUAUCCAAAGGGGGUUUUAGGUUUAGCUUUCAGUUACAGUUCAAAUGUUGAUUGAUCAACAGGUUAAAUAAGCUGUAUUUGCCAAACAGUAUUUAUUAAGAUGUAAACUACUGUUUAUAUUACCUUGAAUAUUGACUUUCCAAAAUACUCAGAGCAAGCAAGAACAUACGCUAGAUUCAGUUCCCGAUUGCAUAUAUAUAUAUAUAUUUAUAUUUUUAUAUAUUCCCUAGCGCUUGGCAUUGCACUUUUCUGAGGGGGAAGCAUGUUGUAUCAGUGAGCACUGUAUUCGUGUGUAGGUCUAUUGUCAGGCUUAAAGCAUAAAAUGAGGUUUGACUUAUUGUUAAGAAGAAAUGGGGAAGUGCCUUGGCAUUAGAUCAUUCACCUUCAAGAUCGUUUGAAUAAAAUAUCACAGAAAUGGUGCAACAGUUGAUCACAAUAAUAGUAACUUUUUACAUAUAGUGUAAGUUGAUACCUGGAAAUAGAUCUUGCCUGUGGAUUUUAAUAUUGUGAUGCUGAUUCAGUCCAAUUUUUUGUCUCACACAAAACAUAAACAGGAAUAUAAUAUAUGUAUGAAAUAAAUAGAAUGUGACCAUU